CUUAUCGGAGACCUAGUCGCCAUCCGCCAGAAUUCAGAUCUCCGCCCUCUUGAGGACAUUGCUCAGAAACAAGGAGCACAUAGAGCUCAGUUAACCCAUUUCACCGAGACUUUGACCCUUCCUCGAGAUGGAGGUAGAUCCAUACCGGGAUGUCUCGCAGUUCUUUUCAAUCUGGAAGAAGGACCAGGAUGGCAAGUAGAAGGAGCAGAAAGCUUCAUCCCAUCAAGUGCUGAUUCUAAGAGGCCUGAAUGUGUGGACUGUGGCUUAGUAAUGACAAAUGUUUCCAUGAAGAAAUCAAAAUUGUUCGCCCAUCAACAGUUGAAGCAUCCUGCUUCUGUUGGAAAGGAGCGCAGCUAUUUCAGGAAGAAAGUGGAGUUACGCCAAAAGAAUGCUCCAAAAACUUUAGAAUUCUGCUUAAAAAAAGCAAAUGAGCAUAAUAACAAGACACUAAAAGUCAGUUAUGCAGUGAGUGAACUGGUUGCUAAGGUGGGGAAGCCACAUACAAUUGCAGAACGUCUGGUGAAGCCAGCAAUGUUGAUCUGUGCUAAAGAACUGCUAGGAGAACAGGCUGCCAACAUUCUACAAAAAAUCCCAUUGUCUAAUGACACAGUGAAGAGAAGGCAAAUUGAAAUGGCAGAAAACCUCGAGAAACAGCUUGUGGAAAAAUUAAAAGUUUCUAAGUUCUCACUACAAAUUGAUGAGACAACAAUCAACAAUUCUGCCUUAUUACUUACUUAUGUCCGAUAUAUUGAUGCAAUGGCAAUUCAUGAAGAAAUGUUAUUUAUAAAAAAGUUGAUUGACACACGAAGCGACACUAUAUAUGCGGCUGUUUACGACUAUCUGUACGAUAAUGGGAUCCCUCUGUCAAAUCUGUUGCAGAUUGCAACAGACGGUGCCAGCGCUAUGACCGGCAAACAGAAUGGCUUUGUAGCUAAAUUAAAAAAAGUUGCCCCUCAUAUAUUGGCAAUUCAUUGCAUCAUCCAUCGAGAACAUCUUUGUGCUAAAUCUCUCAAUGAUGACAUGGAACAUGCAUUGAAAGUCGCUGUUUCAACAGUGAAUUUUGUCAAAGCCAAUGCUUUGCAUGACCGCCUAUUUCAACAUUUAUGUGAACAUGAGGACCACCAGAGACUCCUCAUGCACACUGAAGUGAGAUGGCUUUCCAAAGGAAAUUCCCUAGUUCGUCUUGCUGAAAUGUGGGAUAUGGUUCUUAUUUUUGUUCAUGACAUGAAAACACAAGCUUGUAGCAAGAAGCAGAAAGAUAAAGCUGAGACUUUGUUUUCAGUGAUAAAUAACAACGAUACAAAAGCAAGGAUUUUUUACCUGGCUGACUUAUUCGCACAUGUCAACCAACUGAACAUGACACUGCAAGGGCGAAAUGCUAAUCUGAUAGAUAGUGCUGAGAAAGUACGCUCUUUUUUGAACAAGUUAUGUCUCUGGAAGAUGCAUCUUCAAAAAAAUGAAUUUGCUUAUUUUUGUAAUUUUGCCAAAACUGCUCCGAGCUCAGAAGUAAUCGCAAGCUGCACUGACCACUUGAAAUGCUUGAAAGAAGAUAUGACUAGAAGAUUUAAAGAUAUCAUCGAAAUGAAUCCGCCUAGUUGGAUUAUAGAUAUAGCACAUUUUGACGUAUUAAGUGAAAAAGACAUUGAUCCUAUUAUUGCUGGAGAACUUCUUGAACUGAAGGAGAACAAAGUAUUAAUGAAAAAUAUUGAAAGGGAUGGCUUAUAUGGAUGGAUGAAAAUGGGACUGUAUGGAACCAUUGGAGGGCUUUUUACGAUUUUGGCUAAACCUGACGGGGCUCAAGUUUUUCAAUUCGGUUUUUUCCAAGGGUACACUCCUUAUGUUUGGUUAGAGUCUGAUUGUAGUUCAUGUUUAGUAAAUAAAAGAGAGCAGAUAAAGUCUUUAUUACAGGAGAUUGAUGACCGGCUGGUUAUUCUGGACUCGGAGAAAGAAGAAUUGAAAAAUUACCACAAAUAUGACCGACUGAGGAG